AUGGAUCAAAAUGAUUUUGCGUUUGCCUCAAGCGAAGAAGAGGUGACUGGUGGCCUCGUCACCGCCGGAAGAGAAGAGAGUCUGAGGGAGAUGUCGGCGGUGGAUGAAUUGGAAUUGAGGUCCGAUCCUUACUUCCAACAACGUCCAGACGCACUUGGCAGACCUAGCUUUACACCGUUGCAGAAAUGCAUCGUUGCUAUUCGACAACUUGCAAAUGGAGGUGCAACUGACCAAUACGAUGAGUACUUGCGGAUUGCGGAGUCCACAUCGUUGGAGUUCUUAACAAAAUUUUGUCGAGCCAUCGUCCAACUCCUCAGUGCGAAAUACUUGAGGAGGCCGACGUCCAUUGACUAUCAAAGGCUUCUUGCACUGCACGAGGAAAAGCACGGGUUCCCCGAGAUGCUAUGGAGCCUGGAUCGCAGGCACUAG